AGUUGCCCAACAAAUGAAAAUCAUGCAAUGUGUUAAAGUAUACUUACACCAAUAAAAACAAAGAUUGCAGUUCUCGCUCUAGAUUCAACAUCUCGAAAAAGACAGAGUGAAUGGAGUCCAGUAAAACACGCAUUUUCAUUAACAAUUUGUGCAAUUUUUAAGAUGACUUCGACAUCCUCAGAAGGAUUCAAAUGCUCAAUUUGUCUAGAAUUUUAUUCAGGCAGCAGUUUCAAAGACUACUUUGUUAGCACUCCAGGAGGUCAUGUCUUUCAUCAUGCAUGCAUCAAAAAAUUGAUCGAAGCAGGUCAUAGCUGUUGUCCCAUGUGCCGAGAACAUGUCAACUUGGAAAAUUUAACUCGACUUUACGGAAUUGAUCCCUCCUCAUCUCGGCCUGAAAAUUCCUCAAAUAACCAAAGCACAUUUGUAAAUCGGAAUAAAGAUGACAUUUCGGGCACUGGAAAACCAGAUUACGUGUUCAAGAUUGUUCUAUUGGGAAAUUCUUCUGUUGGUAAAUCUUCAUUGCUUGAACGAUUUACGACGGGAGAAUUUAAAGGUGAUAUCAGUGCAACGACAGGAUGUGAUUUGUGUUUCCGUACUCUUGAAAUGGGAGGCCGGUUAAUCAAGUUAACAAUUUGGGACACUGUUGGCCAAGAAAAAUUUCGGUCUAUUGCCACCAACUGUGUUCGAAAUGCCCAUGGCGUGAUGCUCGUGUAUGAUGUGAUGGAUGUGAAUUCCUUCUCUGCAAUAAGCGACUGGAUGAAAUUCGUGGAUGACUAUGCUCCCUCUGAUGCAAACAGGAUUUUGAUUGGAAACAAGCUAGAUGUGGGUGAUCAACGGCGAAUGGUUCCUCAGAAACAUGGAAAAGCUCUUGCUAACAAAUUGAAGCUUUCAUUUUUUGAAACCUCUGCAAAAGAAGCAAACAACGUUGAAGCGGCCUUUCGCUGUCUGGUGGGAGAAAUUAUGGAGAAUACGGUGCUAAAUCCAGCCUCGGAAAAUUAUGACGAUUAUGACGAUGGUCAUACUCGGUAUUCGGUGGCAAGAUCUCGAUCGGGGUGUCGACUUCAUCUUCCAUAUAGACGUGAUGAUGACCAUGUAAAUGAGCGCCACGACGGGACGCCAGAAUGCCUAUGCUAACGAAUCCUAAUUAUCGUUUAUUGUAAGGCUACAAAUUAAGCGGCAUGUUCUUGUCAUAUACGUAACAUACCCGAAACAAUAUAUCGUGCUUUUAUACAUCGUUGUUCCAAUGUAACCCAUAUUUUUUUAAUUCGUUCGCACAAUAAAAUAAUGAUAAUAAUGUUCAACAAACAA